CCCCCCCCAUGGGUGGAGUGGAAGUGGCGAUGUGGGCAAGUCCAUUCUUGAGGGGAGGCAGAAAAUUGUAUGAAUUGAAAACUGGAACGCUUCAGCAGAUUCCUCCCCUCUUUUUGGUAGCGCCGAGAGCAAGGUGGUGGGGAGCGCAGCGCGCAGAGGGAAGCGGUUCCGCGAGGCGCCGGGCUGGGAGCUGCGGGCGGCUCUCGCGGGCGUCGCGUGCCCGUUCCAACGGUUGCCGCCGUCCGCCAUGAGGCACCUGCCGUACUUCUGCCGCGGGGAGGUGGUGAAGGGCUUCGGCAGAGGCUCCAAGGAGCUGGGCAUCCCCACCGGUGAGCGGGGUGCGCGGGGGCCCGACCCGGGGCGGUGUCGCUCCGCCUCCCCCGGCCGGGUGAGGGUGACACCCCCCGUGAAGGCCACCAGCGAGGCGUUCGCCGCGGCUCGGCCUUGGCCAGCCCGCGCGGGGCCGGUGGUCCGCACCGGGCCCUUGUCCCGGGACCGCGGGGUGGCAGGAGUGCACCCGCCGGCGUCGGGCCCGGUGGCUGUAGCGCUCAGACCACCUGAGCGGAGCCGUGCCUUGCGGAGGCGGAGCCGCCGCCGCCGCCUAGGGGGAGUACGGGCGUGUGGUUGUCCUGCCGGAUGGGGGUGCGGGAGCUCGGUGGCGGGUGACUGAGGUCGUUUGGACUCGGGAGACGCCCAGCUGUCCCGCACUGUAGCGCUAUUGGCAUGACUUGCUCUUUCUGUGAAUAGGCUUGCCUUGUUCCGCGAUAGCAUUUUCUCGACUUCCCCGCCCCCCUCCCCGCCCCCCCCCCUUACAUUGCUUAGAGUCUUGUACCCUUUUUUCUGUUAUUUUUCCUUCAGUCUGUUAAGUGGUUUCUUUCAGUCUUGGUUUUUUCUUUUUUUUUGGUCGUUUAAUCAUCUAAUGGUCGUCAUGAAGGUGUACAGGAUGUAGAUAAGUGAUCACAUGUAGGGUGUUGUGGUGUGGCAGCUUGGAAAAAUAUCCGUUCACAUAAAGCUCAGACUAGAACAAGAAAGGGCGCGGGCAUUGGGAAUAGCUGUAAGGAAGGAAGUUCAAGUGGAGUAAUGGCAGAGGUUGAAAAACAGAGCAAGUGGGCUUGGCCGAAAAAGAAAUAUGUUUUCCUAUUAGUCAUCUCUGUUUCACUUGUUUAAAUACAGCCAGAUGUGUAAUCCAAGGGAAUUUUGACCUGUCUUUGACAGUGAAGUCAACAGUCAUGUUGCACCAUUCCUAGCAGACAAGGAAACUUUGUAGGACCAAUCUUGAGGUGCUGGAUUUCUGACAACAUCUGUCAAUAAUUUUGCAUUUUUCUCUUGAUUGUGUAUAAAUGGUGAAUUGGUACUAGGAAAUAGGGUAGGGAAGUUGUUACUGCUUGUGAGCUUUGAUAAAAAUUCAGUAACCAUAAAGUCUUUCAAAUCAACUUGAUGUCUUGCAUGAAGAGAUCUACUCAUGUGGGAAGUAGGAGUAGGAUACUAAUUUUGAAAGAAGGUUAAGUUCAGUCAGAAGGGAAUUUAUUUUACUGUAGAUAGGUAGUUUUCAAAGAAAAUCCCAGAAGUUCACAGAUUCUUCUGAAAGGCAACUUGUACAAAAAUGACAGCUAACUUUUCUGAACAAGUAGUUGAAAGCUUUCCAUCUGAUAUCUCUACUGGUAUAUACUAUGGAUGGGCCUGUGUUGGAAAUGGAGAUGUGCAUAAAAUGGUUUUGAGCAUAGGAUGGAAUCCUUUCUAUAAGAAUAUUAAGAAAUCAGUGGAAACGCACAUUAUCCACACCUUCAAAGAAGACUUUUAUGGAGAAAUUCUUAGUAUAGUCAUAAUUGGAUAUAUUCGACCAGAAAAAAACUUUGAUUCUUUAGAGGCACUCAUUUCAGCAAUUCAGGAAGACAUUGAAGAAGCAAAAAGACAGCUAGAUUUACCAGAACAUCUUAAACUCAAAGAAGAUAACUUCUUUCAUCUGCCAGAAGGCAAAAUAGCGAACAACCACUGAGCAAACCUGUGCUGCUUUUUUUUUUUUUCACCCUUGUCGUGGAGCUUUUAUAUUUGUGCUGCUUUUAUAAGUAUUUUUUUGUUGUAUGUCUGUUGAGGUAACUGAGGUUGGAACCAACCAUACAAAAUUAUUUCAGUUUCCUUGCAUUAAUUUAUCAUUAACCCAGUCAUGCAAAAGGAAUAGAAGGCUGUUUUAGGUACUUACAGGUAAAUUGUAUCCUAAAGUUACCAGCUGUUCCCAGAUCUGAGCACAUGCAGAGCAUGACCAAAGUUAAUCGUGACCUCUUCUGACCUUAACGUAUAGAGAAUUCACUUAAGUGAAGAAUGUCUGGUUUUAACAUACAGAAUGUUAUUCCAACCUCUUUUCCCAGUUUUAUGUCCUUCUUGCAUCUGGAUUUUAGCUAGUAGCUUAGAAAAUUUUGCUGUUGAUUGAGUCAGAAAUUUCCUGUGGUGCAGGAAGCCAAUGUUUAUAACAAUAGCAAGAUUAAUUCUUUAUAGUUCUUAGUUUUUAUAUGCUACAUAGCUGUUGUGAUUGAAGUUGUUAUUUUAAUUCAAAUUAUUUAUUUUAAGUUUAUUUGAAAUGGAGGAAAUCACUGUUGCUCAUUGAGUUACUGGAGUCUGAAAUAUACUUCUUAAUAGUUGAUUGUACAUAUGGCAACACAUGACCUGUGUAGUUUACUUCUGAGGAAGUGUUUCACUGAAAUUCAGGAAAUUAAUGACAGUGUGAAAGUUGAUAAACUUUAAAGGUUCAGGUGCAGAAGAUGCAGAAACAGUAUAACAAGACUUCCGCUCAUUGGGCCUUAAGGCAAAAGAGGUAACAAAAGGCAACUUUGCAUUUAUGUGCUGCUUGCAUUUGUAAUACAAAAAUGGGGAGAAUCUUGGGGUUAUUCACUACACUGGCAAUUAAAUGUCUGACUUCAAGAUUGACGUUAUUGUAAGGCACAGAAAAAUCUCAUCAACUCUCUGCACCAAGUGCAGGUAAGAGCCAAGGUUUGGCUGACCAACCAGAUCAAUAUACAAAGGAAAACCUUUGGGGAUUCAUGGAAUAAUAUAUCAAACCUGUAGUGGGAAUUGGUUAUUUAUUACGAGUAAUUGCAGACGACCCUACUCUGAAAUGUAGGGAUAGGUAAAUGGAGGGGGUAUUGUCAGAAUUCAUAGUAAUUUGGAAAAUACCUCUUAAAGUAUGUGAUGUGUGAUUCCAAAUCUACUCUCUUUUCCUCUGAUAAAUUUUUCUAUCCCCUACUCAGUGAGUGGAACUAGGUAAGCUGCAGUGACUUGUCACACUCAUCAUCUUUUGACGUCAGCUUCUGAUGUGGCUGGAACGUUUUCUGAAAUUCAUAAUUGUUCUGUGGAUGCGUCCUAACUGUAGUUCUGUGUCUGAACUACCAUGUACAAUUUGGAACACACAAUUUCUGUAGUGCAAUUUUAUGAAUUUACUCCUUGUCCUAUCCUAUUCAAAUUCUACUUUUUGCUCUAGGGUAUAAGAGAGUUUUAACAAGGUAGCCAUUUGGGUCUUUGUGGCAGGUGCUGUUGGGAUGCUAGUUCCACUGUGUAUUGUUUUAGCUUUCAGAUAACAUCAUGUGAUAUUAUUAGGGAAGAGUUCUUGAGCAAAUCGAGGACUUGUGUUUGCUCUGUAGGACUUCAGAAGAAACUUGACUUCAUUUAAAUGAAUUGUUUACCAGUGCUGUUCAUAGCAAAGACAGGUGGAAUACAGAACAAGGGGGGAGGUGGGGAGGCAGUUAUCAGUAGUUAGAUAUACUUUUUUUUAAAAGGAGAACAAAAUAAUUUUGUGGACUUUGCCUAUAUAACAUGUUGGAAAUUGUAUUUCUAAAAAAGUCCAUAAAAGAAUUAUCUUUCAAGAGUGACAGUUGCAUUUUUUUACAUUUUAAAAUGGAGGGAUGAGGGAGAAUUUUUUUUCCAAAGAUUUGAGGCAUUCUUGAGAUUGUAACAAUGUCAAAAUCUUAUAUUUUACUUCUUAAAAAAGAGAAUAAACACAAGCCACACUAGUUGACUGAAUAUAUUGUCGAAGAAUAUAUUUAAAGAAUAGAUUGUUGUUCAUUGUGGUACUGUAGCUAAACAGUCAUAGCCUUCUUUAAAACUGUUUUUUGCCUGUAAUUUCGUGUGUCUGUUGUGGAAACCAUGGUGCCUUAAGCUGGUUGUCUGGAUGAUGCUUUUCUGUAUCUAUGAAUAAAUGCUACUAUUGAAAAUUCAAUUCACCAUUUGGUUAUAGAACCACUGUGCUAUCAACAGAUAUACAGAACAGUGGCAAAGGGAAAACUUAAAAACUGUUAGUUUGCUCUCAGAUCUUAGCUGAGGUUGGAUAUGUGGAUACACUAAACUGAUAAACUGCUCUUCAUGUGUUUGUCUUCAAAUUAGACAAAAUGCUAUUACAUUCAUUUGGCUAAGUGUACCUGUCCACAUUGUUUAAGAGAAAAUGUUAUAUAUCAACUGUUCAAACACAAUACAUAACUCCUAGCACAGUAUAAACUUUAUGAAGGGUUAUAUUUUUGUAUUAUGUACAAAUAAUUGUAUUUAUUUCAGUUGAUGUUGCUGCACUAAAUAAAGGAACUGUAAUUGACA